GCAUGAAUUUGGAGAAAGGAAGUUUGUAGAUCUGCACCAAUGCAUCCACAUAAUGACCCUCUGUGGCUCUCUGUUGCAGAGUUAAAGGACUAGGAUCUGUGUUCCACGGAAUGACACUCAUCAGGACGCAGGAGAUAACCAAAGUUCUGGUGGAGCACCUGAAGAAAUUUGCCACCCAAUUUAGCCUUCCAGGUUGCAGACAGAACAUUGCCAGCGAUGCUGAUUGGCUUAAGGCCAACUUGGGCCCAUUCACCACACUGGCCAAUUACUCGGACCUUAAGGAGUUGAACGUCAGCGGGGUGGCAGCUCUGGAAACCCUGUCACCUGAUCAGAAAGCCGAGCUGCUGUUGGAUCCGUCCACCGGUGCUCUUGAAAAUGUGACCGUGGUGAAGGAGGUGUUGAGCAGCAUCCUAAAAUCCCCAGAUGAGAAUCAGCUUGAGAAAUUCUUUGAAAAAUUUGUGGAAGUCAGCAAGGAGGAAAACGUCACCUACAUCACAAACGUGGAAGUCCGAGACACAAUGCUGAACCUGACUUUGACUGCUCUGGCUCCCAAAUUCCCCCUCUUCCAAACGAGUGACUACGAGCUGUGGUUUCAAAUCAAUCUCGUGGUCCUGCUGGCCAGCUUCCGUCCUUCAGUUCUGGUGGUGAUCCCCACCAACCUCACCUGUGACUCUUACAGUGCAAUAUUGAAAGGCCUGGAGACGGCUUUGGCAGUUCUCCCAUCUGGACUUAAAGCGGAGCUCAAGUCCAGUGUAGACCAACUUGUACAGUCACAAGGAGAAGACUGUACGCCUCCUCGCCCCGUCGGUUUCUGCAAUGAAACAUUAGUAGAUGAAAACAGGCUGUGUCAAGAUGUUAACCGUGGUCAACUUGAGGCUCAGCGUCUGUCUGAAAAUUCCUCGGCUGGGCUGUGCGACUUCAACAUCUCUGAUUAUGCCUGCUCUUCGGUUGCAUCAUCUCUGUCCUCUGAUGACAUCUUCACGCUGCUGACUUGCAAGGUGCCAAGUGGCACGAGCACAGAGACGUGGAAGCUUUUCUUCCUGAAAGUGGCAGGAGUUCUGGAGGAUGCUCUGUCAAAGUUCUCCAACAUGACCCUACCCAACGGUCAGCCUCAGUCCCAUGUUCUCGAUGCCAUAGGAGAGGUGAAAGUCAACAACUUCAGCGCUGCACAGCUGACGGAUGCCGGCUUCGUUGCCGCCUGGUUCCAGGACAGGCUGAGGCCAUUUUUGUCAGCAGUCUCUAGGGACUUUCUGUCCUGCCUUAGCUCCAAGAACUUCAGUUGCGACACCUACCAAGUUGUGGUGCAGGCUCUCGGUCGUCAGGCAUCCCUCAUGGCGGAGGAGCAGAAACGGGCCGUCUUCACUCAAUUCAUCCAGCGCUUCUUGUCGAGAGACGACCUAAAAGAUCCUGCCUGUCUUUCCAAAACUACGAGCAGUGCUGACUGGCUUGAGAAGAACAUUGGCAAUUUCUCCAGCUACGCUGACCUGGAGGAUUUGAAGUCCCUGAAUGGAAAUUUCUCCAGUCUUGCAUCACUGGCACUGCUGACCCCUACCCAAGUAGCUCAACUCACACUGAGCUCUGGAGUACUGAACAACACCAACCAGAUCAGCGCUGUGUUCGACCGACUGGAGGAAGGCGACGCUUUCCAGAACGUGGAGGAGUUUCUGACGGCACUGAGCGCAGCUCCCGAGACUCCCGAUAUCACCCCUGCCGCGAGAGACGUGAUGAUGAACCGAACCUUCAUAAUCAUCAGAUCGAAGAUCCAGGAAUUUGAGGCCUCUGUCUGGGUUACGUGGUUCACUGUGAAGCUCAUCCCCAUCCUCCCCAGUUUCACCCCGGAAAUGCUGGUUACGGUCACAGCUAACAUCAGCUGCACCAACUACCAUGUGAUAGUUAAAGGACUAGGAUCUGUGUUCCACGAAAUGACACUCAUCAGGACGCAGGAGAUAACCAAAGUUCUGGUGGAGCACCUGAAGAAAUUUGCCACCCAAUUUAGCCUUCCAGGUUGCAGACAGAACAUUGCCAGCGAUGCUGAUUGGCUUAAGGCCAACUUGGGCCCAUUCACCACACUGGCCAAUUACUCGGACCUUAAGGAGUUGAACGUCAGCGGGGUGGCAGCUCUGGAAACCCUGUCACCUGAUCAGAAAGCCGAGCUGCUGUUGGAUCCGUCCACCGGUGCUCUUGAAAAUGUGACCGUGGUGAAGGAGGUGUUGAGCAGCAUCCUAAAAUCCCCAGAUGAGAAUCAGCUUGAGAAAUUCUUUGAAAAAUUUGUGGAAGUCAGCAAGGAGGAAAACGUCACCUACAUCACAAACGUGGAAGUCCGAGACACAAUGCUGAACCUGACUUUGACUGCUCUGGCUCCCAAAUUCCCCCUCUUCCAAACGAGUGACUACGAGCUGUGGUUUCAAAUCAAUCUCGUGGUCCUGCUGGCCAGCUUCCGUCCUUCAGUUCUGGUGGUGAUCCCCACCAACCUCACCUGUGACUCUUACAGUGCAAUAUUGAAAGGCCUGGAGACGGCUUUGGCAGUUCUCCCAUCUGGACUUAAAGCGGAGCUCAAGUCCAGUGUAGACCAACUUGUACAGUCACAAGGAGAAGACUGUACGCCUCCUCGCCCCGUCGGUUUCUGCAAUGAAACAUUAGUAGAUGAAAACAGGCUGUGUCAAGAUGUUAACCGUGGUCAACUUGAGGCUCAGCGUCUGUCUGAAAAUUCCUCGGCUGGGCUGUGCGACUUCAACAUCUCUGAUUAUGCCUGCUCUUCGGUUGCAUCAUCUCUGUCCUCUGAUGACAUCUUCACGCUGCUGACUUGCAAGGUGCCAAGUGGCACGAGCACAGAGACGUGGAAGCUUUUCUUCCUGAAAGUGGCAGGAGUUCUGGAGGAUGCUCUGUCAAAGUUCUCCAACAUGACCCUACCCAACGGUCAGCCUCAGUCCCAUGUUCUCGAUGCCAUAGGAGAGGUGAAAGUCAACAACUUCAGCGCUGCACAGCUGACGGAUGCCGGCUUCGUUGCCGCCUGGUUCCAGGACAGGCUGAGGCCAUUUUUGUCAGCAGUCUCUAGGGACUUUCUGUCCUGCCUUAGCUCCAAGAACUUCAGUUGCGACACCUACCAAGUUGUGGUGCAGGCUCUCGGUCGUCAGGCAUCACUCAUGGCGGAGGAGCAGAAACGGGCCGUCUUCACUCAAUUCAUCCAGCGCUUCUUGUCGAGAGACGACCUAAAAGAUCCUGCCUGUCUUUCCAAAACUACGAGCAGUGCUGACUGGCUUGAGAAGAACAUUGGCAAUUUCUCCAGCUACGCUGACCUGGAGGAUUUGAAGUCCCUGAAUGGAAAUUUCUCCAGUCUUGCAUCACUGGCACUGCUGACCCCUACCCAAGUAGCUCAACUCACACUGAGCUCUGGAGUACUGAACAACACCAACCAGAUCAGCGCUGUGUUCGACCGACUGGAGGAAGGCGACGCUUUCCAGAACGUGGAGGAGUUUCUGACGGCACUGAGCGCAGCUCCCGAGACUCCCGAUAUCACCCCUGCCGCGAGAGACGUGAUGAUGAACCGAACCUUCAUAAUCAUCAGAUCGAAGAUCCAGGAAUUUGAGGCCUCUGUCUGGGUUACGUGGUUCACUGUGAAGCUCAUCCCCAUCCUCCCCAGUUUCACCCCGGAAAUGCUGGUUACGGUCACAGCUAACAUCAGCUGCACCAACUACCAUGUGAUAGUUAAAGGACUAGGAUCUGUGUUCCACGAAAUGACACUCAUCAGGACGCAGGAGAUAACCAAAGUUCUGGUGGAGCACCUGAAGAAAUUUGCCACCCAAUUUAGCCUUCCAGGUUGCAGACAGAACAUUGCCAGCGAUGCUGAUUGGCUUAAGGCCAACUUGGGCCCAUUCACCACACUGGCCAAUUACUCGGACCUUAAGGAGUUGAACGUCAGCGGGGUGGCAGCUCUGGAAACCCUGUCACCUGAUCAGAAAGCCGAGCUGCUGUUGGAUCCGUCCACCGGUGCUCUUGAAAAUGUGACCGUGGUGAAGGAGGUGUUGAGCAGCAUCCUAAAAUCCCCAGAUGAGAAUCAGCUUGAGAAAUUCUUUGAAAAAUUUGUGGAAGUCAGCAAGGAGGAAAACGUCACCUACAUCACAAACGUGGAAGUCCGAGACACAAUGCUGAACCUGACUUUGACUGCUCUGGCUCCCAAAUUCCCCCUCUUCCAAACGAGUGACUACGAGCUGUGGUUUCAAAUCAAUCUCGUGGUCCUGCUGGCCAGCUUCCGUCCUUCAGUUCUGGUGGUGAUCCCCACCAACCUCACCUGUGACUCUUACAGUGCAAUAUUGAAAGGCCUGGAGACGGCUUUGGCAGUUCUCCCAUCUGGACUUAAAGCGGAGCUCAAGUCCAGUGUAGACCAACUUGUACAGUCACAAGGAGAAGACUGUACGCCUCCUCGCCCCGUCGGUUUCUGCAAUGAAACAUUAGUAGAUGAAAACAGGCUGUGUCAAGAUGUUAACCGUGGUCAACUUGAGGCUCAGCGUCUGUCUGAAAAUUCCUCGGCUGGGCUGUGCGACUUCAACAUCUCUGAUUAUGCCUGCUCUUCGGUUGCAUCAUCUCUGUCCUCUGAUGACAUCUUCACGCUGCUGACUUGCAAGGUGCCAAGUGGCACGAGCACAGAGACGUGGAAGCUUUUCUUCCUGAAAGUGGCAGGAGUUCUGGAGGAUGCUCUGUCAAAGUUCUCCAACAUGACCCUACCCAACGGUCAGCCUCAGUCCCAUGUUCUCGAUGCCAUAGGAGAGGUGAAAGUCAACAACUUCAGCGCUGCACAGCUGACGGAUGCCGGCUUCGUUGCCGCCUGGUUCCAGGACAGGCUGAGGCCAUUUUUGUCAGCAGUCUCUAGGGACUUUCUGUCCUGCCUUAGCUCCAAGAACUUCAGUUGCGACACCUACCAAGUUGUGGUGCAGGCUCUCGGUCGUCAGGCAUCACUCAUGGCGGAGGAGCAGAAACGGGCCGUCUUCACUCAAUUCAUCCAGCGCUUCUUGUCGAGAGACGACCUAAAAGAUCCUGCCUGUCUUUCCAAAACUACGAGCAGUGCUGACUGGCUUGAGAAGAACAUUGGCAAUUUCUCCAGCUACGCUGACCUGGAGGAUUUGAAGUCCCUGAAUGGAAAUUUCUCCAGUCUUGCAUCACUGGCACUGCUGACCCUACCCAAGUAG